AUGGGCAGAAGAAACUCGGAGAAGACGCCGCUGCUGUCCGCGGCGGAUUAUCGUCGCAAAAGCUCGUCGAGCAGCUCGUCCUCAUUAGAUGAAACAAGUUCAGUGGAGGUUUCCAAUUAUGGACUAUUCCAUUACACAACCGGAUUAGAUUAUGUCCUGCUCAUUGUCGGAUCUCUUGCUGCUUUCAUUCACGGAGCCGGAUUUCCUCUUUUAGCCAUCGUACUCGGUGGAAUGACGAGCACAUUUUUGAGAGCUCAAAACUCGGAAUUUGUUGUUGGCGUCGGAAAAUCGAAUCCGGAUGGAUUGCCGCCGAUCACACGAGAGGAGUUCAACGCCGAAGUCUCGCGCUACUGCAUUUACUAUUUGGUGCUUGGAGUCGCCAUGUUCAUCACGUCGCACAUUCAGAUUGCUGGCUUCGAAUUGUAUGCCGAACGACUUGUCCACCGAUUGCGGCAGAAUUAUCUUCGCGCAAUUCUCAGGCAACAAAUCGAAUGGUUCGAUAAACAGCAAACCGGAAAUUUAACUGCUAGACUUACUGACGAUUUGGAGCGUGUCCGCGAAGGUCUCGGUGAUAAAUUGGCUUUGCUCGUCCAAAUGUUUUCAGCUUUCAUCGCCGGCUAUGCAAUUGGAUUCUUCUACAGCUGGUCGAUGACACUUGUCAUGAUGGGAUUCGCGCCGUUGAUUGUUCUUUCCGGCGCCUGGAUGAGCCGCAACAUGGCGACUCGAACUCGUGUUGAGCAAGAGACGUAUGCGGUGGCUGGAGCGAUUGCCGAAGAGACGUUUUCGUCGAUUCGAACGGUUCAUUCGCUGAACGGACAUAAAAGGGAAUUGGAGAGAUUCGAGAAUGCGUUGGAAGUUGGCCGCAAAACUGGACUUGUCAAAUAUUUCUAUAUGGGAUGCGGAGUUGGAUUCAGCAAUUUCUGCACAUAUGCAUCCUAUGCGUUGGCAUUUUGGUACGGCGGCACACUGAUCAUCAACGAUCCGACGUUCGAUCGCGGUCUCAUUUUCACCGUCUUCUUCGCUGUCAUGUCCGGCUCAACUGCUCUUGGCGGCGCUCUGCCGCAUUUGGGUAGUUUGGCUGUAGCUCGCGGAGCAGCAACUUCGGUGCUCAAAACGAUUAACUCGACGCCGAAAAUUGAUCCGUAUUCGCUGGAAGGACUCGUUCUCACUGAAGUCAAAGGAGAUAUUCAACUGGAAAAUGUUCAUUUCAGAUAUCCAUCUCGCAAGCAUAUCCAGGUGUUGAAAGGAAUAAGUCUUGAAGCGAAAGCUGGCCAAAAAAUUGCGUUGGUUGGUUCAAGUGGCUGUGGUAAAUCGACAAUUAUCAACUUACUCCUACGAUUCUAUGAUCCGACGAAAGGAAAGGUGACGAUUGAUGGGAUUGACUUGAAAGAGAUCAACGUUCACAGUCUUCGCGAUCAAAUUGGAAUUGUCAGUCAAGAGCCCGUGCUUUUCGAUGGCACACUAUUCGAGAAUAUCAAAAUGGGAAACGAGAAUGCGACCUACGAACAGGUGGUUGAGGCGUGCAAAAUGGCAAAUGCUGCUGAGUUCAUCAAAAAGCUUCCCGAGGGUUACGGUACUCGUGUUGGCGAGAAAGGAGUUCAAUUGAGCGGCGGACAAAAACAACGAAUUGCGAUCGCCCGAGCUCUCAUCAAAAAUCCAAAAAUUCUUCUCCUCGAUGAAGCUACGUCGGCUCUUGAUACUGAGGCCGAGACUGAAGUGCAAGCGGCACUUGACAAGGCCCAAUCGGGACGAACGACAAUUACCGUAGCUCAUCGAUUGUCAACGAUUCGAAACGUCGACAAAAUUUUUGUUUUUGACAAGGGGCAAAUUGUCGAAUGCGGAAGUCACGAGGAGCUGAUGAAAAAGGAGGGGGUCUUCUUCAAUAUGACUCAAGCACAAGUGGUCAGAGCACAACAAAAACAAGCGACAAAAGAAAUCGAUGAUUCAUUAUCGAUUGCUCAAUCUCAUGCGAGUCGCAAAUCAUCGACUAAAAGUGCACUUUCUUUGGCAACAUCCAUUCGUUUUCUUGAAGAAGAAGUUGAGGAGCUUCAUGCGGCACCCACACCGAUUUCAAAGAUUUUCGCUUACAAUCGCGACAAACUCGGCUUUCUCAUUGGAGGAUUCUGCGGAGCUGCGAUCUUCGGUGGAGUCACACCUAUUUUCGCUCUCAUCUACGCCGAGAUUUUCAACGUUUACGCGGAGCCUGUUGAGCAAAUGAAAACCGACGUGCUAUUCUGGUGCGGAAUGUUCCUCGUGAUGGGCGCCCUCUUCUUCAUCGGAUUCUUCAUUUCGGCGAAUUGUCUCGGACGAUGCGGAGAAUCAUUGACGAAGAAACUGCGAUUCGACGCAUUCCAUAAUCUUCUUCGACAGGAUAUCGCCUUCUAUGACGACAAUCGGCAUGGAACUGGAAAAUUGUGCACCCGAUUUGCCACAGACGCGCCAAAUGUUCGCUAUGUGUUCACCCGACUUCCGGUCGUCGUCUCAUCGCUCGUCACUGUAGUCGGAGCAAUCGCAAUCGGAUUUGCAUACGGCUGGCAAUUGACUUCGGUGCUUAUCAUCAUGGUCCCACUGAUUAUUCUCAGCGGAUACUUUGAAAUGCAAAUGAGAUUCGGAAAACAAGUGCGCGACACUGAGCUUCUCGAAGAAGCUGGCAAGGUUGCCACACAGGCUGUCGAGAAUAUUCGGACGGUUCACGCUUUGAACAGACAGGAGCAGUUCCAUUUCACAUAUUGCGAAUACCUCAAGGAGCACUACAAAACGAAUAUGAGACAUGCGCAGACAUACGGAGUCGUGUUCGCCUUCUCGCAGUCGCUCAUCUUCUUCAUGUACGCCGUCGCGUUCUGGCUCGGAUCGAUCUUCGUUAACAACGGCCAAAUGCAGCCGAUUGAUGUUUACAGGGUCUUCUUCGCCAUUUCCUUCUGCGGACAAAUGGUCGGCAAUCUUUCGUCGUUCAUUCCUGACGUCGUCAAAGCCCGUCUUGCCGCUUCGCUGUUGUUCUAUCUCAUCGAGCAUCCAACCCAAAUUAAUUCGCUUUCGAAAGCGGGAGUCAUCAAGCCGAUUUCUGGGAACAUUUCGAUUCGGAACAUUCAUUUCAAUUAUCCAACUCGACGCGAAACCAAAGUUCUUCAAGGCUUCUCAUUGGAGAUUAAACCUGGCCAAACAGUUGCUUUGGUCGGACAUUCGGGAUGUGGAAAAAGUACAAUAAUGGCUCUAUUGGAACGAUUUUAUAAUGCCGAUAAAGGAAUUAUUAUGGUGGAUGGCGACAAUAUCAAGAAUUUGAACAUCGGCUCGCUUCGCACUCAAAUGUGCAUUGUGAGCCAAGAGCCCACACUAUUCGAUUGUACAAUUGGCGAGAACAUUUGCUAUGGAUUGAGCCGAAAUGUGACAUAUCAAGAGAUGACCGAUGCCGCCAAAAUGGCGAAUAUUCAUGAUUUCAUUUUAGGAUUGCCUGAGGGAUACGAUACGCAUGUGGGAGAGAAAGGAACUCAACUCUCCGGGGGUCAAAAGCAACGAAUCGCAAUUGCGAGAGCCCUUAUCCGAUCACCAUCAGUCCUUCUUUUGGAUGAAGCUACAAGUGCAUUGGACACGGAAAGUGAAAGGAUGGUACAAGACGCUCUAGAUGCUGCCAAGAAGGGAAGAACGUGCCUCGUGAUUGCUCACCGAUUGAGCACAAUCCAAAACAGUGAUGUGAUCGCGGUGGUUAGCGAGGGAAAGAUUGUCGACAAAGGAACACACGAUCAACUGAUUCAAACUAGUCCAAUUUAUCAGAAGUUGUGCGAAACCCAGCGAAUCGUCGAAUCUCAAUAA